AUGUUGGUAUGGGGCAUGAGCGUCCUUGUUUUCUGGUGUCAGUUGCAAGGCAAUCCAGAGGGCUCGACGUGGUGGCUCUCACAAACUGACUCGGUACUGCUCGCCUUCGGGCGGCCCUUCCUCUACGGGGGGGAGGUCACGAGCGCAGGCGUGGUAAUUGAAGCCGUUAGUUUCUUGCUGAUUGCGCUGUCGCUGGCAGGCUACUUCCUGCCUGAGCUGACCAAAGAAAGCGCCUUUUUGCCUCGACUCAUACCACCAGAACAACUUGGUUUGGCGAAGCAGUUCUAUGCUGUCGCCGUCUAUGUCCUUUGCUUCCUCGCUGUGGUGCGGUGGAUCUGGACGCAGGGGCGUGCUGCCCGUGCUGAGAAUGAAGAGUUGCCGCACAUUUCGGACUACGCGUUGAUGGCCGAGGGCUUUCCAAAGUCUGCACGCUCUCCUCAUGAGGUGAAAGCCUUCUUCGAGUCCAUCCUGGGCUUCGAAGUCGAGGGUGUGUCGAUCGCCUACGACCUCUCCGAUGAAGCGGAGUUUGUAGAGAGCCGCGUCCUGCGGGUGGUGGAGCAGGCAGAUGCCCACCUCAGCAUCUACCCGGCUGAGCUGGCAGAUGUCCGAGAGCUGAUGGGCAGCAGCCAGGAUGGGCACGUGCUAGAUUGUUUGGCCAGCUCGGGGCAAGCCGUGGUCGUCUUCUCCCGGGAGGAGGACCGCGAGUUCUGCAUCCGGAGAUUUGCCGAAAUCCGGCGCCAGCUUCGCCAGAACGAAGGCAAGGUCUCAACCGAGGAGGCAGAUACGGACGAUGAGUCGCAGGCCCUGCUUGGGGGCUCCAGGCCUUCGCAGACCCUUGGAGGCCUCAAGGAAGGCAGGGGGCGCAGCAGCGCUGCGCGUCUCAGCGCAUCGAUGCUCUUCCGUGGAAAGUUUCCGAUCACGGUUUCCGAGGCCCCUGACCCUGCAGACCUCCUGUGGAAGAACUUCCAGGUCCAGGGAGGGCUCAAGCUCACUCGAGUGGUUCUCACGCUCAUUGGCGGGGUGCUAAUGGUCUUCGUGGUUUCAGCAGUCAUCUUUGCGCCAUCGGUUCUUGCUGGGGUGAGCUACUUGGACAUCACUGGCCCCUCCUUGGUACAGGUGAGGCUCAAGUGGCUCGAGCAGGUCUCCAUGGCUGGGAUGACCGCCGUGUUAAACCGAGUCCUGGCGAUGAGCGUAAGAUCAGCCGCUGAGGCCAGCGGCUUUGUGCAGAAGGUGAGUGAGGACAGCGUGUUCUUGGUAUGUACAUACUUGAUGGUGAUCGCCAACUCGGUUGCACCCCUGGGCAUUGCCCAAAUCGUGGCAGCCUCGUCGGACAUGCGAGUCACUCCAGAGUUGGCAACAGAGUGGCUGCUCAGCUUGAUGAUCGUGAUCCUGCUCACCACGGAGUUUCUCUACAUCGUUUACCCUGCCUGGUCCUAUUGGAGCGGCCACUUCCGUGUGCGCCAAAGCAAGUACAUCACCGUUCGCGAGGGUCAGCCGGCCCUGACGAGCGCUGAGUUUCCCUUGGCGCAGAGGUACGUUGACGUUCUGCUGGUGAUGACGCUGAUGUUUGUCAUGAUCGCUAUUGAUUACAAGUCCAUCUACACAAUUGGUUCUGAGAUCAUCAUGCUCUUCUACAGUUUCUACAUCUUUUUCAUCGACAAGUUCUUUUUCCUGCGCAUCAACCGCCAGACCUACUAUGUGAGCUCAAAGCUCGAUCUUGCAGUACACUACCUUUUCACCGUUCCAAUGUUUCUUCUGGCCUGGUUCCCUCUCCAAUUCUUUGAUUCUUGGCUGCCACCGAAUGGCUGGAGCAGAUAUGCAGCCAUGGCUGCAGCGACUGCUGGCACUAUGCUGCUGUUCAUGGCCACGGUGCGCAUAUGUGAAUGCUGCAAUGACCCGCAACGGGAGCUCAGCGAUGUGCCAUACGUGGAGGUCGCCAGCAUCACGGCCUGCAACUAUUUCAACACCAACCACGCCCAUGUCCUUCGCACCUUGCACUUUCCAUCCAUCGUCGUCCCGCCUGUCUACCCGCAUCUACCGGGGAAGGAGUAUCUGAAUGGUGGCCAAUUUGCCGACCAUGAUGAUAGCGUCCAUUUGCGGGAGACCCUGAUGCUCCUGGCCAAAAGUCCCUUCACAGAGCUUGACACGCUGGGCAACCCACAGGACCUGACCUGA